AGUUUUUUGAGCCUUGGGCUGGGGGCCUCCAGGAAGCUGAAGCAGAAACUGCCUAGGCCCCUGGGGCAUUGGAGGUCCUACCGCAGCUCCUAGUAGGUGGUGGGGGCGCAGCGGCGGUCCCCACUCAGUCCUGGUGGGGCCGUACGUAACUGUCCUGAGCUAUGCAUAAGCCCUUUGACCACUCAUGGAAAAUUUUACCACCCAGAGACACGCGAGUGGCCCUGUGCAAGUUUCAACUGCGCGUGGGCGGGGAAUUCCGCAGACAGGAUUCGAGAAUUUAUGUCUUGUGUGGUAACAUUUCAGCCGGUGGGCGGCGGGGAUUAGGCGUGAAGCGGUUCAGUAGGCAGAGGUUCUCGGACGCCCUCCGGCGAAGCCACCUGUUGAUGCUUUUGACUUUCUGUCCUUGUUCCUCGUCCCAUCUGGGGCAUUUCCAAUUCUGGUUUUGCGCAGCAGCAGGUCUGAGCUUGUCCGGCGAGGGUGGGAGUUGGUCCCGGCGGAGAUCCAGUGGGAAGAGCCGGCGGCUGCCUGGGCAACUCCCCCACUGGAAAAGAUUCUGAAAGAAAUGAAGUCAGCCCUCAGAAAUGAAGUUGACUGCCUGCUGGCUUUCUGUUGACUGGCCUGGAGCUGUACUGCAAGACCCUUGUGAGCUUCCCUAGUCCAAGAGUAGGAUGUCUGCUGAGGUCAUUCAUCAGGUUGAAGAAGCACUUGACACAGAUGAGAAGGAGAUGCUGCUCUUUUUGUGCCGGGAUGUUGCUAUAGAUGUAGUUCCACCUAAUGUCAGGGACCUUCUGGAUAUUUUACGUGAAAGAGGUAAGCUGUCUGUCGGGGACUUGGCUGAACUGCUCUACAGAGUGAGGCGAUUUGACCUGCUCAAACGUAUCUUGAAGAUGGACAGAAAAGCUGUGGAGACCUACCUGCUCAGGAACCCUCACCUUGUUUCGGACUAUAGAGUGCUGAUGGCAGAGAUCGGUGAGGAUUUGGAUAAAUCUGAUGUGUCCUCAUUAAUUUUCCUCAUGAAGGAUUACAUGGGCCGAGGCAAGAUAAGCAAAGAGAAGAGUUUCUUGGACCUUGUGGUCGAGUUGGAGAAACUAAAUCUGGUUGCCCCAGAUCAACUGGAUUUAUUAGAAAAAUGCCUAAAGAACAUCCACAGAAUAGACCUGAAGACAAAAAUCCAGAAGUACAAGCAGUCUGUUCAAGGAGCAGGGACAAGUUACAAGAAUGUUCUCCAAGCAGCAAUCCAAAAGAGUCUCAAGGAUCCCUCAAAUAACUUCAGGCUCCAUAAUGGGAGAAGUAAAGAACAAAGACUUAAGGAACAGCUUGGCACUCAACAAGAACCAGUGAAGAAAUCCAUUCAAGAAUCAGAAGCUUUUUUGCCUCAGAGCAUACCUGAAGAGAGAUACAAGAUGAAGAGCAAGCCCCUAGGAAUAUGCCUGAUAAUCGAUUGCGUUGGCAAUGAGACAGAGCUUCUUCGAGACACCUUCACUUCCCUGGGCUAUGAAGUCCAGAAAUUCUUGCAUCUCAGUGUGCAUGGUAUAUCCCACAUUCUUGGCCAAUUUGCCUGUAUGCCUGAGCACCGAGACUACGACAGCUUUGUGUGUGUCCUGGUGAGCCGAGGAGACUCCCAGAGUGUGUAUGGUGUGGAUCAGACUCACUCAGGGCUCGCCCUGCAUCACAUCAGGAGGAUGUUCAUGGGAGAUUCAUGCCCUUAUCUAGCAGGGAAGCCGAAGAUGUUUUUUAUUCAGAACUAUGUGGUGUCAGAGGGCCAGCUGGAGGACAGCAGCCUCUUGGAGGUGGAUGGGCCAGCGAUGAAGAAUGUGGAAUUCAAGGCUCGGAAGCGAGGGCUGUGCACAGUUCACCGAGAAGCUGACUUCUUCUGGAGCCUGUGCACUGCGGACGUGUCCCUGCUGGAGCGGUCCCACAGCUCACCGUCCCUGUACCUGCAGUGCCUCUCCCAGAAACUGAGACAAGAAAGAAAACGUCCACUCCUGGAUCUUCACAUUGAACUCAAUGGCCACAUGUAUGAUUGGAACAGCAGAGUUUCUGCCAAGGAGAAAUAUUAUGUCUGGCUGCAGCACACUCUGAGAAAGAAACUUAUCCUCUCCUACACAUAAGAAACCAAAAGCCUGGGCGUAGUGGCUCACACCUGUAAUCCCAGCACUUUGGGAGGCCAAGGAGGGCAGAUCACUUCAGGUCAGGAGUUUGAGAUCAGCCUGGCCAACAUGGUAAACGCUGUCCCUAGUAAAAAUACAAAAAUUAGCUGGGUGUGGGGAUGGGUACCUGUAUUCCCAGUUUACUUGGCAGGCUGAGGUAGGAGGAUCUUUUGAACCCAGGAGUUCAGGGUCAUCGCAUGCUAUGAUUGUGCCUACGAAUAGCCACUGCAUACCAACCUGGGCAAUAUAGCAAGACCCCAUCUCUUUAAAAAAAAAAAACAAGGACAGGAACUAUCUUAGUCAAUGUAUUAGUCAUGGUUCUCUAGAGGGACAGAACUAAUAGGAUACAUGUAUAUAAAAAGGGGAGUUUAUUAAGGAGUAUUGACUCACGUGAUCACAAGGUUAGGUCCCACAAUAGGUCGUCUGCAAGCAAGGAAGCCAAUUCAAGUCCCAAAGCUGAAGAACUUGGAGUCCAAUGUUUGAGGGCAGGAAGCAUUCAGCAUGAGAGAGAGAUGGAGGCCAGAAGACUACAUCAGUCUAGUCUUCCCAUGUUUUGCCUGCUUUUAUUCUGGCAGUGCUGGCAGCUGAUUAGAUGGUGCCCACCCAGAUUGAGGAUGGUCUGCCUUUCCCAGUCCACUGACUCAAAUGUUAAAUCUCCUUUGGCAGCACCCUCACAGACGUACCCAGGAACACUUUGCAUCCUUCUAUUCAAUCAAGUUGAUACUCAGUAUUAACCAUCACAGUCCAUUUGGGCAACUAUACCAAAUUACCGUAGACCAGGUGACUUAAACAGCAGUUAUUUCUGGAGCAGUUCUGGAGGCUGGGAAAUCCAACAUCUGAGUGGUAGCAUAUCUGGUGUCUGGUAAGGCAUGCUUCCAGAUCUUACCAGAUGUCAGUCUUUUCAUGUUCUCACAUGGCAGAAAAAGAGGGUGCAAACUCUCAAGUGUAUCUUCUUCAAGGGCACAAAUCCCAUUCAUGAGGGCUCUACCCUCAUGACCUAAUUACCUCCCAAAGGCCCCACCUUCUGAUACUGUCACAUUGGGGAUACUGUCUCCCCUUUGAAUUCUGGGGGGGAUACAAACAUUCAGUUUGUAACAAUAGCCUUAUGAUUUAGAGGUUACUUGUUCGUUCACCUAGACCUCAAAUUGCAUUUUACAGCUAAUCAAGUAUAUCUUUCUCUGAUUUGAUAGUGUGACCUAAAAGGGGACCAUUGUUUGAAAUACCAUUAGAGUUGCUUAUUAUUAUUAUUAUUAUUAUUAUUAUUAUUAUUAUUGAGACAGAGUUUCAUUCUGCCGCCCAGGCUGGAGUGCAAUGGCAUGAUCUUGGCUCAUUGCAACCUCUGCCUUCUGGGUUCAAGCGAUUCUCCUGCCUCAGCCUCCCGAGUAGCUGGGAUUACAGGCUCCUGCCACCACACCUGGCUAAUUUUUGUAUUUUUAGUAGAGACAGGGUUUCACCAUGUUGGCCAGGGUGGUCUUGAACUCCUGACCUCAGGUGAUUCACCAGCCUUGGCCUCCCAAAGUGCUGGGAUUACAGGUGUGAGCCACUGCACCUGGCCUAUUAUUAUUUUAAAAAAUUUUUAAAAUUGCUGAAUAGGGUACCUCUGGGCAGUGUGUCAGAAUACCACUUUUUAAAUAUUUUACGAUUUAUUUAUUUUUCUAUUUCUUGAGGUUAGUUUUAACUGAUGUGUAUCUGUAUGUCUAUUUGUGUAUAUUUUGUCAUGAUCAUGCAACAGAGGCUGAAAAGUGUGGAAGAGACAGUUUUCAGGACCAACAAUCAAUUAUUCCUACUUUCCAAGUUAUUUUGAUGCCAUAGUGGCUCAUACCUAUAAUCUGAGUACUUUGGGAGGCUGAGGUGGAUGGAUCACUUGAGCCCAGGAGUUCGAGACCAGCCUGGGCAACAUAGCAAGACUCCAUCUCUACAAAAAAAUACAGCAUUUAGCUGGGCGUGGUGGCAUGUUCCUGUAGUCCCAGCUGCUUGGGAGGCUGAAGUGGGCAGAUAGAUCCCCGAGCCCAGAGAGGUCAAGGUUGUGAUGAGCUGUGAUCACACCACUGCACUUCAGCAUGGGAGACAGAGUGAGACCCUGUCUCAGAAUAAAUAAACCACCAGCACCACAAACAACAACAAAAAGUUAUUUUGUACUUGUUUUGAGCACAGGACUCCUGAGGGUAUCUUUGCAUUUAAUAUUGCAUAGGGGUACCAGUGGGAAGUAAUGUGUAUGCUUGGCCUCAUGAGCUAAAGCCCUAUGUUAAUUAUGACAAAAGGAAAGUGUGUGAGAGGGAUCUUAACUACCUAGCAGCUCUAGCUGCCAUCUUGAACCAUGAAGAUAAGGGCCACACUUAGGGGUAACUGGGUAGUGAGCAGCAAGAAGCCUUGUUGGAUGAGGGCAUGAAGGAGCAGAAUCACUGUGGAAUCACUGUGUCAGCCCCAAUUACCUACCUCUGGACUUUUAUGUGAGGGGAAAAAAAUUGAGAGUUUAUAUUUAUCUAAACCUAGUUAACCCAAGUGAUGCAUUGUUACGAGAUUAAAAUGUUUGGAGGCUGGGCACGUUGGCUCAUGCCUGUAAUCCCAGCACUUUGGGAGGCCAAGGCGGGUGGAUCACGAGGUGAGGAGAUCAAGACCAUCCUGGCUAACAUGUGAAACCCCAUCUCUACUAAAAAUACAAAAAAUUAGCCAGGCGUUUUGGCAGGCGCCUGUAGUCCCAGCUACUCGGGAGGCUGAGGCAGGAGAAUGGCUCAACCUGGGAGGUGGAGCUUGCAGUGAGCUGAGAUCUUGCCACUGCACUCCAGCCUGGGCGACAGUGCAAGACUGUCUCAAAAAAAUAAAUAAAUAAAUAAAAUGUUUGGAAUGUUGGCUUCAUCCCUGGGAUGCAAGGCUGGUUCAACAUACGCAAAUCAAGAAACAUAAUGCAUCACAUAAACAGAACUAAAGACAAAAACCACAUGAUUAUCUCAAUAGAUACAGAAAAGGCUUUCAAUAAAAUUCAACAUUGCUUGCCUUCAAUAAAAUUCAACAUUGCUUCAUGUUAAAAGCUCUCAAUAAACUAGGUAUUGAUGGAAAAUAUCUCAAAAUAAUAAGAACCAUUUAUGACAAGCCCACAGCCAAUAUAUUGAAUGGGCAAAAGCUGAAAGCAUUCCCCUUGAAAACUGGCACAAGACAAGGAUGCCCUCUCUCACCACUCCUAUUCAACAUAGUGCUGGAAGUUCUGGCCAGGGCAAUCAGGCAAGAGAAAGAAAUAAAGGGUGUUCAAAUAGGAAGAGAGGAAGUAAAACUGUCUGUUUGCAGAUGACAUGGUACUAUAUCUAGAAAACUCCAUUAUCUCAGCCCAAAAGCUCCUUAAACUGAUAAGCAACUUCAGCAAAGUCUCAGGAUACAAAAUCAAUGUGCAAAAAUCACAAGCAUUCUAUACACCAACAAUACACAAGCAGAGUGCCAAAUCAUGAGUGAACUCCCAUUCAUGGUUGCUACAAGGAAUAAAAUACCUAGGAAUACAGCUAAUAAGAGAUGUGAAGGACCUCUUCAAGGAGAACUACAAACCACUGCCCAAGGAAAUAAGAGAGGACACAAACAAAUGAGAAAACAUUCUCAUGGAUAGGAAGAAUCAAUAUCAUGAAAAUGGCCAUACUACCCAAAGUAAUUUAUAGGUUCAUUGCUAUUCCCAUUAAACUACCAUUGACAUUCUUCACAGAAUUAGAAAAUAACUACUUUAAAAUUCAAAUGGAACCAAAAAGCGUGUAUAACCAAGACAACAAUAAGCAAAAAGAACAAAGCUGGAAGCAUCACACUACCCAACUUCAAAGUAUACUGCAAGGCUACAGUAGCCAAAACAACAUGCUACUGGUACAAAAACAGACACAUAGACCAAUGGAACAGAAUAGAGACCAGAGAAAGACCACACAUCUACAGCCAUCUGAUCGUCGACAAACCUGACAAAAACAAGCAAUGGGGAAAAGAUUCCCUAUUUAAUAAAUGGUGCUGGAAAAACUGGCUAGCCAUAUGCAGAAAAUUGAAACUGACCGCUUCCUUACGCCUUAUACAAAAAUUAACUCAAGAUUAAAGACUUAAUGUAAAACCUAAAACUAUAAAAACCCUAGAAGAAAAUCUAGUUAACACCAUUCAAGACAUAGGCACAAGCAAAGUUUUCAUAACAAAAACAUCAAAAGCAAUUGCAACCAAAGCAAAAAUUACAAAUGGGAUCUAAUUAAACUAAAGAGCUCCUGCACAGCAAAAGAAACUAUCAUUAGAGUAAACAGGCAACCUACAGAAUGGGAGAAAAUUUUUGCAAUCUAUCCAUCUGACAAAGGUCUAAUAUCCAGAACCUACAAGGAACUUAAAACAAAUUGACAAGGAAAAAAACAACUCCAUCAAAAAGUGGACAAAGGACAUUAACAGGCACUUCUCAAAAGAAGACAUUUAUGUGGCCAACAAACAUAAAAAAAAGCUCAACAUUACUGAUCAUUAGAGAAAUGCAAAUGAAAACCACAAUGAGAUACCAUCUCAUGCCGGUCAGAAUGGUGAUUAUUAAAAAGUCAAAGAACAACAGAUGCUGGCGAGGCUGUGGAGAAGUAGGGACACUUUUACGUUGUUGGUGGGAAUGUAAAUCAGUUCAACCGUUGUGGAAGCAUGUGUGGCAAUUCCUCAAAGAUCUAGAACUAGAAAUACUAUUUGUCCCAGCAAUCCCAUUACUGGGUAUAUGCCCAAAGGAAUAUAAACCAUUUUCUUAUAAAGAUACAUGCACAUUUUUGUUCAUUGCAGCACUCUUCACAAUAGCAAAGACACAAUAGCAAAUGCCCAUCAAAGAUAGACUGGAUAAAGAAAAUGUGGUACAUAUACACAUGGAAUACUGUGCAGUGCAGCUGUUAACAGCUUUUGGUGAUACAGUGAAUCAGAUUUUUCAUUUAAUUCUUUUAAUUGGUUAUUACUGAACACGAAAAAGUAAUCUUUGUAUUGAAAUCUUGAGUCUGGCCAUGUUUCUAUUUUAAAUUCAUAAAGAAUUCUAACAGAAGAGGAAUUCAAAGAAUGUCAUAAACGGAUGUUUCUCCAAGGAUGAAGGAACCAUUUUAUUCACUUGCUGAUAAUUCAGCUCAAUCCAGUUUGGCAUCAUAUAGAUAAGUAGUUGAAUUAUGGAUUUAAAAUACAUAUCCUUUUCUAACUCCAAAGGUAAUACUUAUUUAGAUGGUUUUGAAAAUAUAGAAAGGCACAAAUUUUUUAAAAAUCUGUUAUUCUCCACUACCACUCAAUCUGUCUAUCAUCUGUCUCUCCAUUCAUUCAUCCGUUUGUUUAUAUCUGUUAAUCUUUGUAUGUGUUCAUGUAUAGCUUUUACAUGAUUGGAAUCAUAAUGCAUAUUCCAUUUUGAAGUCUGCUUUUUUUUACACAAAAAUAUGUUGUGAAUAUUUUCCUAUAUUACGAAAUAUCAUUAGCUGAGCUUUUGGAAUUGA